UGUGUCUUGUGCAUGUGUUGGUUUUCCAUCUGUUCAUCUGUAUCGUUCUGCUCCAUAUCUUCCAAGCUUGAUGGAGGUCAGAUCAUUAACUUGCAAGAGUUUCUGCCACUGCUUUCCAACUAUUCGAAGAAAUGUCUAGCUGAAAACCGUAUUUGCUUCAUUUCUGAAUUUUCAAGUAUAUUAUAGUUCUUAGAAAGAGGAAGAGAAUGCAGAAAGAUGUGUUUGCAAGCUAAGAGGCCUUUCUCUGAUGAUUCUGAGUCUCGAGCUCGAUUUGAGUCAUCCUCAUUUCUCUUGAAAGAAAUUGGACUUGUGCAUAUCCAGUUAUGUGGUAAUAUUAUUAUGCUAAAUUUGAGAAUACCAUGAUCUUUGUGAAGAUGGUUAAGUAAUCUCUUCAAUCCUUGAAAGAAUUAAACCAUAUUUCCUGAUUUUGGUUAGACUCUUUUUGUCGAUUUAGUAAAUGGAUCGAAAAGGGGGUGUUUUGAUGCAACGUUACGAGUUAGGGAAAUUGUUGGGGCAGGGGAAUUUUGCCAAAGUCUACCAUGGUAGGAACAUCGAGACAGGGGUGAGUGUAGCGGUUAAGAUAAUAGACAAAGAGAAGGUUUUGAAAGUCGGGAUGAUGAAUCAAAUCAAGAGAGAGAUCUCGGUGAUGAGAUUAGUCAAACACCCAAAUGUAGUUCAGCUCUACGAGGUUAUGGCUAGCAAAACCAAGAUCUAUUUCGUGUUAGAAUACGUGAAAGGAGGCGAGCUCUUUAACAAGGUGGCUAAAGGGAAGCUGAAAGAGGAUGCUGCAAGAAACUACUUCCAACAACUCAUCUCCGCCAUCGAUUUCUGCCAUAGUCGAGGUGUUUACCACCGCGAUUUGAAACCAGAGAAUUUGUUAGUAGAUGAUGACGGGAAUUUGAAGAUUUCGGAUUUUGGAUUGAGUGCUUUGGCUGAAACUAAGAGGCAAGACGGUUUACUUCACACGGCUUGUGGUACACCUGCCUACAUUGCUCCUGAAGUUUUUCACCUGAAAGGGUAUGAUGGGGCAAAAGCCGAUAUUUGGUCUUGUGGGGUGGUCUUGUUUGUGCUUUUGGCCGGUUUUCUUCCCUUUCAUGACUUGAACCUUAUGGAGAUGUAUAGAAAGAUCGCAAGGGCGGAAUUCAAGUAUCCGAAUUGGUUUCCAACUGAAGCACGAAGGUUAGUGUCAAAGAUAUUGGAUCCAAACUCGGAAACCAGGAUUUCCAUUGCAAAAAUAAUGGAAAACUCAUGGUUUACAAAGGGUUUUGAAACAGUACACACAGAAAACAAGGUUUCUGGUGGUUUAGAAAGCCGCUGCCAGACCAAACCAAAUGAGUCUGUAAUAUCCCAUUUGGAGGUGGUGCCUGCGGAUUGUAUGAUGUACACAGAUCUAACGUUUGUUUCUCAUUCGGUAGAAGUAACAGGAGGUUUGGAAAAAGUCGCUAACUUGAACGCGUUUGAUAUCAUUUCAUUGUCACCCGGAUUCAACUUAAGGGGAUUGUUCAAUAACAACGCGGAAGAUGAGGAAGAGGUGAGAUUCAUGUCGAAACAACCGGUCACGACCAUAGUUUCGAAACUGGAAGAAAUAGCCAAGAGUUUGAAGAUGCAAGUAAUGAAAAACAAUGGUGUUUUGCUAAAAAUGGAAAGAUCAAGAGAAGGCAAGAAUGGUGUUUUAGCUAUCGACGUGGAAAUAUUCGAGCUUACACCUAACAUUCACCUCAUCGAGGCAAAGCGAUCGGGAGGUGAUAGGGUCGAGUUUGGAGAGAUCAUGAUCGAGCGUAUGAGGUCGUCGCUUAUGGACGUCGUUUGAGACAAGCAUGGACAAAAUCUCACUAAAAAUCUCGUAUCCCAAAUCCAUUUCUGUCCACCAAUUAAAUAAAAAAAAUCUGAUUUGUCAUUACAUGAUCGAUAUUAAUGGGAGUGGGAGGAGAUUUUUAUUUCACAGAAUCUAAAAAAUGGAGAAAAAUUAUGGUGACAAGCGUAAGAACGGAUCUCCAUCUUCGAUCAAUUAUAAUUGAAUGUCAACAGUAAUGAUGAGGUGUACUGAGAUGCAUCAGGUCAAUUAUCUUCUAAAGCACAAUACAUGGAUGUGCAUGAGAUUAAAGUGAUUAAGGGUUCAUUUACGCUUCUCAUCAUAAAUUUCUUUCUCACGUGAUCCUUUGUCUAUGCAUUAGUUGUAUUUAUUUAGAGAUGCUUAAGCCAUCUAUGUAUAUAUGUACUAGUUGUGUAUGUGUGCACUUUCAUCGGAACAUGAGAUUUUAUGGUACACCAAAAAGUGUAAAUUUUUUAUUAACAAAAAUAGAAAAUAAAAU